AUUCAAGUGAUUGUGUCUUAAAUGUAAAUUGUGGUCAAAAAGUCUGUGAGUGAAUGUUGGAUGCGAUCAUCAAUUGCGAGAUAAUGGGCGGAAGAACUCUUAAGAGAUAUAUUCUGAUGGGAUUGUUAUGUGUGGUCACAAUAGCACUCAUAUAUCAAUUCAGUUCUCUUAUUUACUUCUCAUCCCAUUCCCCACAAAACCAAUGGAUAUCACCCGAGCGAUUUGAAAUGAGUAGUAAAGGCGAGCAAAGCGGCGAAACACAUAAGUUUGUAUACAAUCGAUAUAUGCCUCUCAUAUUCAUCGGAGGAAUGCCUAGAAGUGGUACCACUCUAUUGAGGGUUCUUCUCGACUCUCACCCGGACAUCAGGUGCGGCAAAGAGACCCGAGUUAUACCUCGACUCCUGGACUUCGGUCAGUCUUGGCUCAAAGCGCCAUUUGAAGCGCGCAGACAAUCAGAGGCCGGCAUUACCCCCGAAGUGUUCAACUCGGCGAUCGGCGCCUUUAUACUAGAGAUAAUCGUAAAGCACGGAAAGCCUGCCCCCAGGCUAUGCAAUAAAGAUCCUAUGACUUUGAAAUCGGCCGUCUAUUUGCGGCAUUUGUUUCCGAACUUGAAAGACGGCCGGGCGAUCGUCCACUCCAUCAUCAGUCGUAAA